CACAAAGUGUGAAAGAGAGCAGUUAAACUUCUCCAGCAAGUGGACUGUUGUAGUACUGUGUUCAUCCAAGUGCAUUAAAGAGGUUUAAAACAAUGACACUAAGGCAACUCAUUAGGCUCCUUCUGUUUUGGAGUACACUUUAUCUUCAAACACCUGAUGGAUCUGCAGUAAAAAUGACCCAUGUUGUACGUGAGACAAACUCUGAAAUGAGUCCGGAGUUUCCUGAGGACAAACCGAACACAUUACAAAUCGAACCUAAAAUCACAGUCAGUAUCAUUCUGGGAAAUGCUACAGAGCUACAGUGUGGGAAUGAGACCCGAGAAGGACUGGUUCUGUGGUGGCAGACCCCGUUUGGAUCCUUUGGAGAAAGAUUCCACUUCACCAAUAAGGACCCGAUUGAGAUGAUUAACGGCAAUCUGAGGAUCACGAAGGUGACAAUAAGUCAUGCUGGACUCUACCGCUGCCACCUUGUGGACAGUAGAGGCGAGACAAUCAUUCCAUACAGUGUGAAUGUACUGAACAGAAACACGCUUGAGAAAAGAACGAAGAUAAGAACAGCCAGAGAGGCCCAGAUGCCCACCGGCGGUUACUCAGAUGCUCACUUCGCAGCAGCCGUCUCGUCGUCAGUGUUGGUCACCUUUAUAGGUGCGUUUACACUCGGUGCGUUAAGCCAACCCUACGUCAUUAAGGGUCUACAAAGAACGAGGGCCAGGAUUUGUCCUAAAAAAGGCAGCCGCCAAGACACAUCAAGAGUCGGUAGUCGUGGACUCAGGACUGUGAUUUUCCACAGAAAUCCAAAAUCUGACGAAGGCACUGUAGAAUUUGCGCCAGAGUCCUCAGCCUCCAUCAAUUCUCCUUCUAACAUCAAGACAAACCAAGAUGAGCCUUGCUUGGAGGAUGACUCAGUAAGCAGCGAUGUUGAAAACGGUAUAAACAGCACAUCAAAUGAAAAGGCUGAUGAUACAUCAGAUCAAUACGAAGACCAAGAAGGAGAGAACCAGAAAGCCGGACAGGGAUCAGAGACGAUCGCGCACAAACAAGCCAAAAGGGUUAUUAAAGUAUACAACUAUGAUGAUGAUGGGAACCGAUACAGCCACAUUAAAGAACCUGAGGAUAUCCCCACACCCAGACAGAGAGUGCUGUCGCUUACUCGACUCCAAAGCAUCAUGAGCGAGGUGGAAUCACCAGAUUUCUCCACAACCAAAGACUCAAGCGAACCAGAUGAAGCUCUCAGCAUGGCCUAAGCAAACAAUCUGGACAAUUUUUAAAGACAAGUUAAAGCAUAUUCUUAGUACCAUGCUUUAGGAUAGUAUCACUCGAACUAAGGUUAAUCCGGUUAACAAACAAUGGUCUAUAUCAUCACCAUCUUCACAGCAUCAAAUAUUAUGCAAUAUGAAAUUUUAAAUGUUUCAACUUUAGAUGAUUUUAUGAACGUCAAAAAAACAUAAAAAUACUCCCCAGCUCUUAUACUUCAGAACCCCUUGGAGAAGUGGAGUAGGUGAUAAGGAUCACGCAGGGUCACUAUGGACUGCCAUAAUUCACUGGUAUCUGAGGACAUCUCACUUCCGUCCAAACGUAAUCCUCAUUUCAUUGCGUUUGAUCUGUUUCAUCAUCAUCAUCAUCAUCAUCCAUUUUAGCAGAGUCUUUCAAGUAAGCUUUCCUGUCUUACUUUUCUUGAGCAAGUUCCUCCUACUCAUCAUCACCUGAAAAAAAUGUUUAUCCCUAACUUUAACUUUUAUCCUUGUUUUUAUAACUUUUAUCCUUCUGAAACCAAGGAUGAACAGAUUUCCCCACAUCAUCAUCAUCAUCAUCAUCCCCCCAAUGAUCGUUGUGUGAAGUAUUUCCCUUGUCCUGAGUAGGCAGUUCUACCUUACUAUUGCUAUCAUCAUCAUCACUUUCAUCCUGGUACUCAGACUGACAUUUAAGCCAGACCUUAUGCAAGACCUUCUAUAACUACCAACUCUAUAUCUGAGCAGUGGACUGCAAGGCCUUGUGAUGUUUCUCCAAAGUGUCUUUCAGACACUCUCACUGACUCAUCUUCUAUACCGCUUUAUCCUGUAUUCAGUGUCGUGAGGUGCCUGGAGCCUAUCCCAGAAGACUUAGGGCAUGAGGCUGGGUACACCCUGGACAGUUUGCCAAUCAUAGUAGGUCACACACAUACACACACUCAUUAACACACUACAGGCAAUUUGGGAACACUAAUUAGCCUAACUUACAUAUCUUUGGACUGUGGGAGAAAACCGGAGUACCUGGAGGAAACCCACCAAGCACGGGGAGAACAUGCAAACUCCAUGCAGAGACAGAAAUCGAGCCUGGCCGGAAAUCAAACCCAGACCCUGGAGGUGCUAAGGCGACAGUGCUAAUCACUCUAACAUGGAGCACACACAAGCACACACUCAGAUUUUUUUAAAAACUGACUGAUCAUUUAUGAGUAGAAGGUAAAAAAUGAACAACAGGCAAAAAGUCCCCGAUAUGUGUGCAAACAAGCACACACACACACUCAGAGAGGGAGAGAGUGAAAGGUAGACAGGUUUCAGGUUCUGUGCUUAAUGUUAUAUGCAAUGAGUCACUUCUACUUAGUAAAACAACUUGCAACAUGGAAAAAAAACCAAUAUAUAUACUGUAUAUUUUAAAAUGGGUUAAAUGGAAGUCAUUGUCAUUCAGCAUAAAAAUUAUUAGAAAUAUGCUUAGAUUACAAGAAAGUGUUAAAUGUUUAACUGUUUUAUGACUACCUGAUAUAUUGUGAGGCCUUUGAAAUCAGUUUUAGUGCUUUUUUCAGUUGAUGUGACUUUAAUUUCCUAAUAUUCCAUGUUAAACCUUAAGUCCAGGGUUCAGGGUUCAGUUAUGGUUCCUGUGCCUCCUGUUUUGUGAUGUGACUCAACUGUUCCUGGAUAAGGCUUCAUUAGUUUCCUUAUUUAAGCUCCUUGAUUUUUCAGCUUUCGUUUAAAUCCGAAUGUUGGUAAAAUAUUAUCAUUGUCCGUGUCAUGAGAUGCUGGGUCGCCGUCUUUGUUUUCAUCAUCUACUUCUUUUUGUCCCCAUAGAAAUUCUAUUGGAGAACAUAAAAAUAGAGGUACUAACUAUGCACAUAUUUAAGUGAAA